CUCUCCCAAAACACAUCUCACUCAUUGUUUUAGUUUUAGGGUAAAAGAGAAACUAUUGCUAGCAAAUUAGGAACAAAUAGAGAAACACAAUUUUAUGUACAACACAAUGAACCAUCAAGAUCAAAUGAUGCUCAUGUCUCAACUAUUCCCUAGUGCUUACAAUGAAGUAAUUCCUCAACAAGGAGAGAAGAAGCCGAGACGAAGGCGUACUAAGAAGAUCAAAGGAGAUAUUGCUAAUGAAAUGAAUAAAAAGAGGAAAUUAACUGAUGAACAAGUUAAUUUACUUGAACAAAACUUUACAAAUGAACAUAAACUUGAAUCUGAAAGGAAAGAUAAGCUUGCAAUGGAGCUUGGUUUGGAUCCAAGACAAGUAGCUGUUUGGUUCCAAAAUAGAAGAGCUAGGUGGAAGAACAGAAAACUUGAAGAAGAAUACAAUAGUCUUAAGAAAUUUCAUGAAUCUACUAUGCUUGAGAAAUGUCUCCUAGAAACUGAGGUAUUGAAGUUAAGAGAACAACUUUGUGAGGCAGAGAAGGAAAUUCAUAGGCUUAGAGAGCCUAUUGAAAAUGUCACAAGCAAUAGUUCAAGCACUUCAUCAAUGUCACAAUCAAUGGAAGUAGUGGAUCCUCCAUUUUUGGGUGAAUUUGGAGUUGAUUAUGGAUAUGAUGAUGAUGUGUUUUUGGUACCUAAUGAGACACAAUACUUCAAUGGCAUGGAUUGGGUUACUUUGUAUGUCUAAAAAAAAUUAACAUAAUAAGUAUGUUUUACUAAUUUAGCAUUUGUAGAUAAUGUGAAUUAUAUUCCCCUCAAUAUGUAAAUUAAUUGUUAUUAUAACUAGUGUGUUUUAUUUGACUUGUUUGGGAAAUAUAUUAUCCAUUAACAUAAUGAUGAUUUUUAUUUUGACCUAAAA